AUGGACGAUAAAAUGCACAGUCACAAAUCGACAUAUAUUGUCAUCAGCGACAGCCAAUGUCCCUCUGGUGGUCAAACUAUCGGUGAAGCUAAUCCAAAGGGAAAGGAACUAGACACGUUUGGGACAGGAUUGGGAAUCCUGCUGGAUGCCACUGACAAUAAAUACAUGAUCGAUUGUUGUGGAAUGGUGUCCGUUUGGGGGUUUUACGUCCAAACGAAUCCAGGAACAGUCAGUCUACAAAUAUGGCGCCCCGAAGGAGGAGGGCAGUUUAAACUUGUUGGAGAGAACAGCUAUACCGUGUCUGGUGGAGACGAAGACAGCGAUUUCCUCUACAAUGUCCCAACAAACGAGAGAAUCUCUGUACGGGAUGGUGACUACAUCGGAUUUUACACGGCUGGUGCUCCUAUGAUCUCUCAUAAAAUAGUUGGAGGCACAUCUAAAAGUUCUACCUAUACUACCACUAUGGGAGCCCAGAUCGUGGGCAGCACGUACAACUGGGGAACGGAGUCCCCUGAUACCAGAAAAGAGUACUACAUAAACGUUCAGCUGCUUCCGGGUAAUAUACCAUCACUAUCAAACCUGAAUGCUACUGUGACAUUUCCGGAUAGUACUGUCGCCAACACUUUGAUGUAUACAGUGCAGUGGAGUGAUGACGACCCUUUUGAUAUCCUAACUGUUGCCAUGACAACAGUAACGUCAUCAUUUUCCUUAAAUACCACAAAUGGAGAGGUGAAAAAUACUGGAGCACUGCCGUAUGGAAACAAUAGUCUGACGUUCACAGUAACUGACGACUGCGGACUUACGGACACAGGAUUCCUAACAAUAAGGGUCACCAAUAGUGUACCUGUUAUAAUCAAUUUGCCAGCCACAGCGGACAUAACCGAGGAUCAGGGUGAUGAGCUACUUCUUUAUACCCUUAACGUCACAGACGAAUCUCCUGUAGACACUAUAACCUGUAGUAUCGCCAACUCUAAUCCCACCACAGAUAAUUUCUUCUCCAGGAUUGUUGCCGGUUCCACAAAUUACGGUAUCUAUAUUGAAGCCCUACCAUCGCUUUCCUAUGAUACAGCGCGUCAGUAUAUAUUGACCAUAUCUUGUUCGGACACAAAAGAUACGACUCAGGGGACUUUUAUUGUUUACGUCACAAAGAACAACCCUCCAGUGUUUACAAAUCUCCAAGCCACAAAGACUAUUGCUGUAUCCAAUACCACCACUGGUUCUAUAAUAUAUACAGUGGCGUCAACGGAUUCUGAUUCAAAUCAGCUUUAUUAUAAUAUGACUUGUGUCCCCGCAGCCUGUCCAUUCACAAUUCACAACUCAGGAGAAAUUAUAUCUACUUCGGAUUUAUCCCAGCAUACUGUGCCAGGUUAUGAUUUAUACGUGUAUGUCAGUGAUGGAAAAACUCUUGUAGGACCACGAACACUCACUGUGAUCAUCUCUGGUAUAAACACAGCCCCCGUGAUCACAAACUUACCGCUGGCGGCGCCCAUCAUUGUGCCGGAGAACUCAGCUUUUGCUAUGUCUGUGUUCCAAGUAUCUGUGUCUGACGUGAAUUCGGCUGACAAGCACACCUACACUGCCUCUUUUAACCCAAGUCUAGGUUCCACACUUUUCUCACUAAACACUGCCACUGGGCUUGUGUCCACCUCAUCUACUCAAAACAUUAACUUUGAGUCUGUGUCUACCACCGCCACUUCUUACGUCAUCACCAUCACCGCUACCGACGGACAGGCUACCGCCACAGGCACGCUCAGUGUUGUCAUCACAGAUCAAAACGAGGCCCCUGUGUUCGGGAAGGCUUCUUAUGCUAUCUCCGGCAACGAGGGAUCGUCGGGGUCCAUUGUUGGAAAUCCUUCGUUUGACGUCACUGAUCCUGACUCUGGGGAAACUCUGUCUUACUCAAUUGAUUGUCCAACGUUUGUUAUUAAUUCAAACACUGGAGUAAUAACGUUUAGCCAUGACUAUGACUUGGAUAAAGCUGGCACAGCCUCCACCGUCACGUGCACUGUGACUGUAACAGACGGAGAUCUGUCCGACACGGCUUCAUUGGUUGUUACAAUCAAUGACGUCAAUGAUAACACGCCCACUUUCGACAGCUCCACCUACACAUUUUACGCUCAGCCUAGUACAGGGGUUGGAACAGUUCUUGGAUCUAUAGCAGCCACUGAUGCCGAUGUGGGAUCGUUCGGCACUGUGUCUUACACAUUGGAUCAAACAGGUUUAGGAUAUGAGUAUUUCGGUGUACAAAGUAACGGGGACCUCUACGUAAAGAAUGGCUUGACUUCUUUCUCCUCCGGGACAACUGUCACACUGACGGCUACCGCACAGGACUCGGGGGGACUUCAAGACACGGCCCCUGUUGUUAUUGUUAUCCCUGAAUCCACCACAGCUGCACCUACAACCACCACUGAUCGUCACGUGACUUUCCUAGAGGACUCUCGGAACAUUGCCUGGGUGACAGUAGCCAGUGUUCUAAUGACGGGUCUUGUUUUAUUCUGGGUCUAUCUGUUGGCUCGGUUUGGAAGCUUUCCUUGUAAGAAUGGGUCUUACAAACCAAACGCUCAGUACGUUACUCUAUAA